CUUCAAUAUCUGCUGCCCCGUGAUGGAUUUUGGUGCCUCGCCUGCGUGGUUGGCCCGGCUGUCUCAUCUCUGGCACCACCAUGACAACAGAGAAGAGCCCAGCGGCGGACGCCGACAGCUCGGACCAGCAGCAAGCCAAGGAGGAGGAAGGAGCUGCUGAAGCACAGAAGCAGGAGGCUUCUCUGGAGGAAGGGGCUCAGCCUACGUCAGAGGGGCAGGGGCAGAAGCAGAAGGCCUCCAACGGAGACACCCCCACGCACGAGGAGCAGAGCAAGAAGGAACGUCGCACCUCCGAGGGCCGGGGCCUAUCCCGCCUCUUCUCCUCCUUCCUCAGGAGGCCCAAGUCUCAGGUGUCUGAAGAGGAAAAAGACACUGAUGCUCCUAAAGAGGCAGGAGGUGACCAGAAAGGCGCAGGAUUAGGAGCCAGCCCCGAUGAAGACAUCCUGGUGAAAGCGCCGAUCGCAGCUCCUGAGCCCGAGCUCAAAACUGACCCGUCACUGGAUCUCCAUUCCUUGAGCAGUGCAGAAACACAGCCUGCACAGGAGGAGAGGAGGGACGAGCAGGAGCCAGAGGGCAAAGACCCUGAGGACAAGGAAGAAGGAGAAGCCAAGGAAGAGUGUGCCAAGCCAGAGCCUAAACCAGAGACUCCGGAGACCAAAGCAGACAAGGAUUUGAAAGCUGCCCAGAAAGCAGUGAAAAGACACAGAAACAUGUACUGCAAAGUGGUCUUGCUGGAUGACACCAUUUUUGAGUGUGCUGUGGAUAAACAUGCCAAGGGACAGGAGCUCCUUAAAAAAGUCUGUGACCACCUCAAUCUGCUGGAAGAAGACUACUUUGGUUUGGCCAUAUGGGACACACCAACCUCCAGGACGUGGCUGGAUCCUGCCAAAGAAAUAAAAAAGCAGGUUCAUGGAGGCCCCUGGGAUUUUACCUUCAAUGUCAAGUUUUAUCCUCCAGAUCCUGCCCAGCUGACAGAGGAUAUAACCAGGUAUUACCUGUGUCUUCAGCUCAGACAGGACAUCCUCACGGGGCGGCUGCCCUGCUCCUUUGCAACCCUGGCCCUGCUGGGCUCCUACACGGUCCAGUCGGAGCUGGGGGACUAUGAUCCCGAGCUGCACGGCCCAGAUUACAUCACUGAGUUCAAACUGGCCCCAAACCAGACAAAAGAGCUCGAAGAGAAGGUUGUGGAGCUUCAUAAAACAUACAGGUCCAUGACUCCAGCCCAAGCAGACCUGGAAUUUCUUGAGAAUGCAAAAAAGCUGUCUAUGUAUGGAGUCGACCUUCACCAAGCCAAGGACUUGGAAGGAGUGGACAUCACUCUGGGAGUCUGUUCCAGUGGCCUUCUUGUUUACAAAGACAAACUGAGAAUCAACCGCUUCCCGUGGCCCAAAGUCCUGAAGAUUUCCUACAAACGCAGCAGCUUCUUCAUAAAGAUUCGGCCGGGGGAGCAAGAACAGUAUGAAAGUACAAUUGGGUUCAAGCUUCCAAGCUACCGGGCAGCGAAGAAGCUGUGGAAGGUCUGUGUCGAACAUCACACCUUCUUCAGGCUGACUUCCACCGAGGCCAUCCCGAAGAGCAGGUUCCUGGCGCUGGGCUCCAAGUUCCGCUACAGCGGGCGGACGCAGGCGCAGACGCGGCAGGCGAGCGCCCUGAUCGACCGGCCCGCGCCCCAGUUCGAGCGCACGGCCAGCAAACGAGCCUCCAGGAGCCUGGAUGGAGCUAAACGUGCGACUCAGAGAGUUGAGUUCAGGACCCUAGAGGAAGAGAAGCAGAAGGAGGUGGUGGUGGUUGAGGUUCCUGAACCAAAACCUGCGGAUCAGAUCCGAGAGAAGCCAGCCAAACACACUCUUGAAACUUUUGAAAUGAAACCCAUUGCAGAGGAGGAAGAGGAGGAGGAGAAGGUAGAGGUGGUUAAGGUUCCUGUUGCCAAGCCAAAGUUCCCGGAGCCGGUGCCGCCGCGGUCAGCAGUGGCUGUGAUAACCCCGGAGCGGAGUCCCCGGCCCACCUCGGCCCCGGCCAUCGCUCAGAGCCACCCUGCAGAGCCAGCCCCAGCUAAGCCUGACGUGAAGGACGUGGCCACAUCUAAAAUGGGGAAGGAAACAGCAAAAGCUGAUGUGAGACGUGAGGAAUUCCCACCUGAGAAAGCCAAGGCAGAGCCAGCUGAUGCAUCCAAGAAGAGAUCAAAGAGGCUAGAUGGUGAAAACAUUUAUAUCAGGCAUAGCAAUUUAAUGUUGGAGGAUCUAGAUAAGCCCCAGGAGGAAAUCAAGAAGCACCAUGCCAACAUCAGCGAGCUGAAGAAGAACUUCAUGGAGUCCGUCCCGGAGCCGCGGCCGAGCGAGUGGGACAAACGUCUGUCCACCCACUCCCCUUUCCGGACCCUCAACGUCAACGGGCAGAUCCCCACGGGAGCAGAUGGAUCUCCCAGCUACUUUCUCCCCAAUUCUCACCACUUAGGGGUGUGCAAAGAACCAGUCCCAAAAUACCGCACUGACCAGAGGAGGUUGGCUCAUCUGAGGGAGCUUAGAGCCAAGUUUUUCCUCUCCUAAGUACACUUGGAUUUGCCCAGGGCUGCCAAACUAAAGGGAUGGAGAGUUACUGCACAGCAACAUUCCCACAGUCUUUUCUUUCUUCAGCAGAAGUGCUGGAGGCUUUGCAUGGUCCUGUGUGCUGAUUUACUCAUUCCGGGUUUUUGACGUUCCUCAGACUCCAGAAACAAAAGUGCUAAAACACGGAGCAAAAAUUCCAGGAGCUUGCAGUGCUCCCACUGCCAUCCUGCCCGUUCCACACGUGGCAUUUCUGAGAAUAGCAAUUUUACACUUGUUCCAGUAGAAUUUUCAGACCAAUCAGUGUUUUGAUACUCUGGUCAGAACUUUGGAAAAAGCCUUUUGUAUCUGCUCUGCAGUCUGGCUGUUCCAUGGGAUUUGCCAAACGCUGGUUUUAAGGGUAGAUUAGGAAGCUGUCAGAGACCACCUUUUGUACUGCACCAUUCCUGUUUCUAAUGCCUCCAACUUUUUUCUCGACCAUUCCAAUUCCAAAACGCUCCAGGAGGUUCUGAGCACCUGCUUUCCUGGCAGGGCAGGCACAAACCACCACAACCCUGAUCCAGAUGUUGAUCAGCUCUGCAGGGAGGACAUGGUUCUGUAGCUCCAAGGCUCGUGUGGCCCAGGCCACCGGCUGCUCUGCUCCCCAGGGCAGUUUAUUUUAUGUUGAGAAGAGCUGUCCUAAUGCUUUGCACACCUCCAAGUGUCACUUUUGGGCACUUUCCAUCUGUCAUUUUUGUUCAUCUCUCUCUGUCUUUCUUGAUCUUCUACCACGAAAGCAGAAACGGGAACGUCCUCUGUUAGUACAGGAUGAAGACAAAUUAAAAAAGCAGCAGAUACCUACUGAGACAGCCUUUCCCCGGCCAGCAAGUGAAGAAACUCUUCCAAAGGUUUCAAUUGCAAUUCCUGAAGAGCAGAAAGCACUCAAAAAGUGUCAGCUGUACUCUAGCAUUUUUCCUUCUCCACGCAUUCCCUUUAUGAUGUCCUUUCUCCUCGUUGUAGCGCUGACUGUUUGGUGGCUGCUCUUUCUCUGAGUGGCAACAGGGUCGUGUUGAAACCUCAAGACCAAAGCUCCUGAAUUUCUUGGCCGUAGCCUCUGCUGCAUCUUCCUUGUCCUGGUCUUUGAUCUCUCUAGUUCGCUGUCCCGGGGAGGGACAUCCCGCGACCGUCCUGUUAAACCCCUCUGUGUGUCCUUGUGUGGCUGGGAUGGGACCUGGCAGGAGUGGUCUGGGAUUGCCAGGUCCCUUCUGGAAGUCCUCCUACUGUGCAAAAGCAAAUUCUUUGAACCCUGUUCCUGAUUGCUGUGAGAGAGCAGACGGGGAGAGGAAGUGAUGGGAGGAGUCGCUGGCUUCCUGUGAGCCCCUGUAGACUUCACAUAGGAAUUGCUGGAAAAUUGCUUUAAAACUUGUUGUUUUUAAUGUAAGAUGUUCAAAAACUGGAGAACCUUUGAUACUGGUCCAAAAGAGGCUUGGCAGUAAUCUGCUGAAUUAUGGAAUCCUGGAAUGGUUUGGGUUGGAAGGGACCUUAAAGCCCAUGUCAUUCCAACCCCCUGCCAGGAGCAGGGACACCUUCCACUAGCCCAGGUUGCUCCAAGCCCUGUCUAACCUGGCCUUGGACACUUCCAGGGAUGGGGAGUCCACAACCUCUCUGGGCAACAAGAGGUUGAAUCUCUGGGAAGAAUAUCAGGAUCUAAUCCAUAACCACCCCUUUCCUAGGAAACUCAGAUUGGCAUUUCAAUACAAAGUACUGGUUCUCACUGCUGUUGGUGAUGACUCAGGGACAGGGACAGGCAGCUUUUCUUUUCCCAGUGGGUGAAGCCUUUGGCAAAGCAUCCCGGCUUCCCUCUCCACCCCUCUUCACGUGUCCAAGAAAAUACACAGUGUUGCAGGAGAAAACCCACUGCAAGGAGAUAUUAAUUGUCAACCUAGAUUAAUCAUGUCUUGGAAUCUGAUGGUCUCGGUGCGCUCGGGAUGUGUUUUGUUUCAUUUGUGUGGAACUAAUGGACUCGUGUUUGCUGAGGUCACAGGGCUGGAGUCACCUGCUGUUUUAACAUCCCCUCUGUUGCCAUGUUGGCUUGGCCACAUCAGGACACACUUCUAAAUGUUAAAGCCCUCGAUUGUUUUUGACUUCUUUACCCAAACCCUUGCAUGCUGCUUGUUGUUUACUGCCUACAGUGUAAAUGUGUGGAUGAUGCUCCUGUUUAUCCCAGUUCUCCUGGCUGAGCUGUGCAGGCUCCAGCCCAGCUGGGCUGAGCAGAGCUGCUUUGUGAGCUGGAGGGAAGGUGGGACUUUGUGUCUAAGGGGUUUCUUUUCUGUAAAUAGUAAAGAUGGGGCUGAGCUGAGCCCCCCGUGUCUCCUUUCAGCACUAAUCCGUGUUUUCCUGCAGCUGCUGGAGGAUUGGGCUGGACACAGUUACUCUGGGAACAGCCCCCAGUGCCACCAGUGGUGGCAGCUGCUCCAGCAACACGGGAGAGAAAGGAGCAGACCUCUAUUACAGGGACUAAAAUGUGUGAAUAUAUAUAAAUACAUGUAUUUAUAACCCUUUCUAGAUCUGUAUCCAUGUGAACAGUGUUAUUUAGGAAGCAGAUAAGCUUGCAGGAAUAAGGCAAACAUGGCAUGUGCUGUCUGGUCAGAGGGUCUGUGGUGUGUCACGGACCACUCGAGCCACCUCUUGCUUUCAGUGUACAGGUUGAGGCUCUAAAUGCUGUCUCAGAAACUUAGAUUGGUAGUGAAACUCUUUGUUUUAGUCCCACAGGAAUCUUUCUAGUUCCUCUUGUACCCUGCUCUGAUUAGUUCACCGGUUUGUGCCUUUAGGACUUUGUUUUGUGAGGAUGCUGAUUUUUCAUUGGAAAAGAUUCUUCCCUUUUUAAUACACUGCCUUUAAUACACAGUCUUCCUCCUUCAGUGCUUGGAAGUGUAGGAGUCAGAGGGUUGUUGUCCAGGUGUCCAGGUGAAGGAAAGUGUCAGCAGGCUGUGUCCCUGCAUCCUUGGAGCAUCCCUUGGAAUGCACUUGAACUCCAGCGAGUUCGGGGUGGAGUUUAGGAAGACAAAAGUGGGCCCUGGAGAGGAGAGGUGGAAUGAGAUGUUGAGGUGCCACGUGCAGAAGAUGCAGGAUGGAAGAAGCCAGGGGGAUGCUUCUGGCUGGGAUUCCCUGCCUGCAUCUCCUUCCCAAAAUUGGAACAGACAUGAUGAAAAACAGGGACUGUUUGCUCUCCCCAACCUGGCUGGGGAGGGAAGGGAUGGGAGUUGUGUGGGUGUCUCUUUGUUCAUUUUCUGUCCAUAUUUCCUGGAGAAGAGCGGCUUAAACACAACAGGUGCUCCCUUCCCAAAGCCAUUGCUCGGGAUCCCUCUUGGAAUGCACAGCUGAGGUUCCUGUGUGUGUCUUUUUGGUUCCUUGACAAGGACUUGGAAGCCACAUGGGUGGCUUUGGCAAAGCCAUGGUUUCUGUAGCUCUGUCACCCAAUUCCAAAGGACCUGAAGUUUAAAACUCUUUGCCCAGAGCAAUAUCUGACCAGAGUGCUCAGGGUGUCUCAUCCCAGAGGGAUGAGAGGUGGGCUCUGCCACUUCAGCUCAAUUCUGUAAUUCUUUAAUUCAAACGGUCUCUUUCUCUCUCUUUUUUAAUCUUGAGAUAAGGCUGGUUGUCUUCAGCAAAAAACCUUGGAAACUUUACACUCUGAGAACACUCAGGAACAUUUUUGGGAUUUGUAUACCAGUUAUCACUGCAGAGUAUAAAGAAAUGGAACAAAUGCUUUCUGUUUCUCUGGCAGUUUAGAGGCCAGUUAUAUUCCUCCAGGUGGGUAUGAUCCCUCCUGACAGAGAAUUCCUGUAGCUUUAUCAGGAACAGAAACCUCAUCCAUCUGAUGCCACAGGGAUGUGCCCUCUGGGCUCCAGCCCCUUUUCCAGUCCCUCCUCUGCUUUUUUUCCUGUUUACUUGCAAGGCAAAGGGAGUGACAGUCCAUGGCAUUCCGUGUAAGGUCUCGUUCCUGCACGUUCUCUCUCCCAUUUGUGCACAUUCCUGUCCCUUACACCUUGGUGCUGUGGUUUCACCCUUUUCCCUUGGUGUCUGUGCAGGACUCAGCCCUCAGAGGAGGGAUUUUGGGAUGCCUGCUGUCAUCCUUUGAGCACAGGGAGAGCUCACUGACUCUAGUGCUGUUUAAGAGCAGAGGUCUCAGGGGUUUUGUAAAGGAACCAACUCUGUACCACUCCCUGUUUUCCUCAGGAACAAACUUGCUGGGAACACUGGCAAUCCCUGGCCGCCUGCCCUGACACUGGCACCCAUUGACAGGGAUUCACACACCCAUGCCAGGCUGUGAGGGAUGGAGAACUGAGUUAUCCCUUCCUAGAUCCUUCCAGGAUCCUGGAAUUGUCUGCAGCGCGUAACCUCCUCCCAGCUGGCAUGAGAAAUCCUGAUUUUUCAAUGUGGCCUGCUGCAGAAAAUGACAUUUUGGUGACUCUGGCACACCAGGAUAAGUCUGACAGCAGUUUUGAUGUUAAUUAGGCUUUCCCAGUGUUUUGUGGUGUGGUCACUCGGCUCUUUGGUGCUCCUGUGUGGGAUCCCCUUAGGAGCUGU